UAAUUUUUCCGUUUACCAUCGUAAACUUGUUGAACAAAAAUGGCUUCUACUAACCUAGAUACCAUUCCAGGUCAGCGUGGAUCCCUCGUAAUAGCAGAGGACGGGGCCAUCAUUCAGUCUAAUGGUGAGCUACAGAAUGACGAGAAGACAGCUGCCAUUAUGUUACAGAUGAUGAAGAACAGUGUCAAAUUGAUAAAAUCAGUUAACGGAGAGAGGAAGAGUAAUGUUCAGCGAUUAUCAGUUGCUUAUAAGAAUUAUUCAUUGGUUGCUUCAAUUUGGAAUCACAAAGUUUACGUCGUCAAGAGAAUCAACCCAGAAACAUGAAUGGAUCUUUAUGGACUUUGUGGGUGUGGUUUUGUGUUUUAUAUACGAAGUAACUCUUUAAACCGUUGUAUUGCUCCUGUGACAUACAAUUUGCUGUUUAUUAUUAAUUAAGUUUUGUGUUUUGAUCUAUGGAAGGAUAUUGAUAUGUAUCAGAAAA